AUGUUGCAUCCAUUAGCGGCCACCUAUUACGAUCCGGAACAGAAGAUAUGGUCUGGACCACAACGCAAGGAUUUGUAUAAUAACGAAAUAACCUUGGGUGAAGUCAUCUUUGAAGCUCUCGCAAAACACCCACAAAAAAUUAUACAAAUUCAUGAUGUCAGUGGUGUGAAGUUGACGUGCGCAGAGUUGCUGCAUCACGCCAAGGUACUGGCCAGGAAUCUGCUGAAAUUGGAUUUAAAAGUUGGUGAUGUAAUUGGCUUAUAUGCCAGCAAUUGGACACAUACAACGACAUUGAUGUUGGCCUCAUUUCUGUGCGGAACUCCGGUAAAUGCACUGUAUCCAGCAUUUGAUAAAGAAAAUGUGGCCUUGAUCUAUAAGAUAACACGUCCGAAAUUGAUAUUCUGUGAUGUGGAAAAUUAUCAAAUUGCCCAAGAAGUGAAUCGUGAAUUAAAUUUAGAUGCCUUAAUUUUCAUAAUGAACGAUAAUGAAGGAGUCAAGGGUUUGGAUUUCGACCCACCAAAAUUAAAGAUUUUUUAUAAAUUUUUUAUUUUCAGAUAUCCUUGCUUCAAUCUCAAGGGUGAUGACACCGCCAUAAUUAUAUGCUCAUCUGGUACCACAGGCACUCCAAAGGGUGUACGAUGUUCUCAUCGUGCUUUUCUCAAUCAGAAUGUUUUUGUAACGCUCAAAACGGAAUCGGUGAUAUGCAGCUUCAGCACUUUAUAUUGGAUAUCAGGAGCAUUUAGCUUAAUUUCCUCUUUAAUAACUGCUGCGAUGCGAAUUGUGACCACUCAACCUUAUUCCCCGCAAUAUUUUCUCGAUUUGGUACGACGUUAUAGGAUUUCGCAUUUCCUUGGUGGUGGUAAUUUCAUGGCCGAAUUAAUUAUGCACACCAAUGAAAGGGAGAUACAAAAAAGCUUAGAAUCCAUUGAUACCUUGCUGAUUGGUGGUGCCAAAGUACUACAGGCUGUGCAGGAAAAAAUGAAUUCCAUUUUGGCCUGCAAUGCACAUAGGCCUGGAUUUUGUGUUGCCUAUGGUAUGUCCGAGUUAUCAGGUAUGCUGAGUAUUAAUGGUGGUUAUGUAAUGCAGCGGCGGGAAGGGUCCGAGGGUAAGCUAGUGGCCAAUAAGCAUGUGCGAAUAAUCGACAAAAAAGGCAUGAACUUGGGACCCAAUGAACAUGGUGAAAUAUGUAUUCUGACACCGUAUACCUGGUUCGGCUAUGUCGAUAAUCCUGAAGCAACGAGAAAAGCUUUACCCGACAAUUGGCUACACACUGGUGAUAUUGGCUAUUUCGAUGAUGACGGGUAUUUGCAUGUUUGUGCCCGCGACAAUGAUGUCUUCAAAUCGAGAAAUUUUCAAAUUUAUCCACAGCUAAUAGAAGAGGUGGUAUGUCGCAUAGCCGGUGUGGCUGAAUGUUGUGUUUUUGGUAUACCCGAUUUUGUGGCGUCCCAUUUGACGGCUUGUGUUGUGGUUCGUCUGAAAAAUGCCGAUGGUCUGAAAUUAACCACCAAGGAAAUCGAUCAACAUGUUAAGGCGCACAUGGGUAGCAUGUAUCAUUUGAGUGGUGGUGUUUAUUUCAUUGAUGCAAUACCAAAGACGGGAUCGGGAAAGGCUCAGCGAAGAAAAGUGUUGGAACUUGUAAUGGCAAUGAAAAAGCAAGGAGAUGAUAAGCUGCAAUAA